AGGGGCGCUCAGCCGGGGGUGCUGCUGCUCCCCCGCUCCCCCCGGCUCUCAGCCCCGCGGGAUCCAGGCCCCAGCCCCUUCCCCGAGCGCAGCCCCGGCCCCCCGUGGCCCCCCACGGCAGUCACAAGGCCGGAGCCCCGCGGCGAGCGGAGCUCCCCCGCCGCGCAGCGUUAGUGGAUAAUCACGGAGCCGGAGUGAGAAGCAUCUCCAACACAGCUGGAGAGACCGGGCGCGGGAAUUACUGAUACCCAGACAUUUCCUGGAGCUUUUGACAGUUAAUAAACAAACCGCAUGGGUCCAUCUGGCUCUGGAAAAACAACUUGGGGACAGCGUGUGGGCACCAGGCACGGCCACCGGCCCCAGACCUGCUUUGGGGCUGGUUCCCAGCAGCAUCCCGAGCCCCAGCAGAUCCCAUCACGGUCCCCAGCGGAGCCGGUGCAUUUACAAAUUCUGUAAGACAUUCGAGUGAUUUAUGCAAAUCACUUUUUAAAGCGGCACACAGGCUCCUAAAUUACUUAUAAGCGUUGGAAACUGCUGGCACGGAUCUGUUGUUUCUGGGCACUUAUUCACCUCGGGCAUCCCGGUGGUGUCCCCAGGGGCCCGGCCGAGCAUCCUCACCUGGAUCAGCGGCAAUCUCCGCCCAAACUCUUCCCCACAUCGGCCUCUCUCUGUGGCCGAGCAGCAGCAGGGUUUGACCCCCGAGGCUGCCCCGUUUUCCAGACGAAUGAAGCAAAGCCAGCGGGACACGGGCGAGAUAAUCGGAGGUGACGGAGCAGAGGAGCCGCCACGCACGGGACCGCCGCCGUUUGCUGGUGGUGACUCGGCUCUCCCGGGAAGUGCAGCGGGUUGGGAGUGCCCCAGCUCUGCUCGGCAGCCCGGAAAUUUUCCCGUAUCACUGUAUUUUGCUCAGAGCAAAUCAUCCGGAAAGCAGCCGUGAGCUGUUUCACCCUCGGGCAGGGAGCAGAGACACUCAGGCGUUGCUCCUCAGCUGCCUCCUUGUCCCAGCUUCACCCAAGCAUUCCCAGACCUGCUCAGGCAGAACAGGCGAGCCCUGGGCUGUGGUUUUGCUCACUCCACACUGGCACAAACGUGGAUGGGAAUCUCAUGGGAAGCUGCUCUUCGCUCUCCCUCUGCAGCAGGACAGCAAUAGCACGGUUCCAGCGCUGUGGGACCAGCUCCAGUGAGCCCACCGCCACUGAUCUUGGCCAAGAUGGGGCAGAAGAGGAUCAGGAACAGGAGGGAUGAGGUCACAGUGGCACCGUGAGAGGCCACCACGUGCCUGCACCCCACAGCCACUUCAUUAGAGCUGUGAAUGGCACAUCCAGCAUCUCAGAUCUCUGGAAAAUGGUGGGAUUAGAGGAGAAGGACUUGUGGGAUCAGGGUCAGGCUCAGGCAGUGUCAUUUAGUCCCUGGCUCUGCCCAGCCCCAGCAUCUCCCCCUGCACAGCAGCACCGUGCACACCCAGAGGGGUCACACACCCCCAAAGCUCUGCACACACCCAGAGGGGUCACACACACAGAAAGCACCUUGCACAAGUGGAGAUGUCACACCCAAAAGCACUUUGCACACCCGGAGGUGUCACACACAGCUGGAGGCACCACAAACACCCAGAGGUGUCAUGCCAGGAGCUCAGAGCAUCUCAGCUUCACCUCUGGCCAAUCCUGUUCCUCUUGCAAUGCCUUUGCACAUAAAGCCUCAUUAACAAAUGAAUUAUUAAUGAUUAUUAAUAAGCUGUAAUGCCAUUUGUGGCUGAUGGAGGAGAUGAGGAGGCUUUCAAGUGGUAUCCAGCCGCAAUGGAGGUGAGGAUUUCACAGCUGAGGACAGGGCACGUGUGUCCCAAGGGAUCCAAGGCUGGGAGCACAGCCCUGGACAGCAGCAGCAGAUGAGGUGUUCCAAGCUGUUCCUCUCAGCCUCCCUUUGCUGUUUUUCCCAGCCCCAGGCUGGGCAAUAGCAAGGUGCUCUCUGAGGGAUCCAAAGGACCUGCCCAGAACCUCCUGGUGCCAUUUUCCCCCUCUCCCUGAUAUCAACUGGGGAGAAGCCCGGCUGGAGGGGCCAGAUCCCCUGAGCCUCUGGAGCCACAGAUCUCCACAGGGCGACAGGAAAUUAACUGUCUCAUGGCCUUUUUGCCUCAGUUUAAUAUCUCUGGCUGUUUAGAGCCACCUGUGUUUUAUUGCCUGUAGAGCUUGGCCGGGGCUCCCGAGGCAACGCUGCAAUUCCUGCUCCAGCCAGGGUUCAAGGAGCUCCUCACUGGCUCUUAUUUAUUUAUACAGUUCUGACACUUGGAUAUUAUAACCAAUUAUUUAUUUUUGGAGGGUUUUUUCUGUAUGGAGUGUUUGGUGUGUUUGCAUCCAGGCUCUCAGCCUAAGGACGGAGCUAGGGCAGGGUGUUCCCACCCACCCUGCGAUUUAUCAGGGAUUUUAAACCCCUGCUCUCCUGGCAGGGACAGGGAGACCCUUCCAGAGGCACCACAUGCCAGGGCUGUGUGACUGCUCUGCUUGGAUUAGAUUAGAUUUGAAAAGCGUGAUACGUGCGGAGCCGGAGCGAGCGAGCGCAGCAAGGAAACCAGACCGGAACACCGUGGGCUUUUCCCCCCUCCAAUAAAACCGCCGGCUCGGAUCUGCCUGCAUGAACUGGCUGAGCGAUUGUGAAGGAUGUCGGAAAAAAUCACAACCUGCUUACGGGAGAUCCGCGAUCGGGCAGGAAGCACAGGAAGGCGUUGGCAUCAGGGUCGGGAAUAAUCCCGGGAAUUAGCGACACCUCGGCAGCACCUCCGCAUCCUGGCGCGGUCCUGGUGACCCCUGCACGGCACAGAGGGACGCUGCCAGCGGGGAAAUCGCCGGGAAGCUCUCAGCGCUACAAACAGGUUCAAUUAUAGGAGCGUGAACAGAUCUUGGGGAGGAGGAUGCGGCGGCUGCGGAGCCGUCACGGCGGAUCACAGCCAAGGCUCCAGGGACACGCUGGACUGCCCAUGGAGCUGCAGGGGGGUCCUGGCUGAGCCCCCCUAAACCCCGGGCCAGCGUGGCUGCAGGUGGCCUCAGUGCUCGGGGCAGCAGCGCCGGCACCCAGCAGGGCUGGCUGGGAAGAGCUUGCCCAGGAAAGCUUUGAAAGAUUAAUAGAGUUUAAAUGGAAGCGUUUGGAGAGGAGAUAAGGCUCAUCUGAUAUGAAAUCAUAUGGAACAACGGGAUCCAGGGAGGCCCUGGCUCUAUAAUGAAGUCCACUUAGCACAUUACUCACCAUAAUGUGCUUUUUAUUAAAGUCCUGUGCUGCAGGUGCUGAGUCUGCAGCUGGGAACACGGGGCUGGAAUGGCACAGGCACCUGGAGUGCCGGACCCCGCCACCAGAAGCAGCAGGGAUGUGGCGUGGAAAAGGCACCUUCGGCUCCCCGUUUCCCAUCCCGUUUGAUCCAGGGAUGCUCUGGCAUCACCGGGGCCCGCGGCUGGGGCUGGUGGGCCUGCAGGGACGGGGUGGAGAGGAGGCGGAGGUGGGGAAUAAUACAGAGGAAAAACUCCUUUUUAAUCAUCAAUUUUUCUGCAUUAGAAUGUGACAUGCUAAUCCACUGUGAAGCGUCUAAUCUGGGGGAUAAAGGGCCGGAUAACACAAGCUGCGCCCGGCUUGGCUGGCGGAGCGAGCCGAGGCAAGGUGGCAGCAUCUGAUAAGGGGUGCAGGAUUAGUGCCGGCACAGAUCCCGCCUGCCCGGGCAAUCCCACCUUGCUUGGCUGCCUCUGCUCUGUCUCUCGCCAGGGUCAGGGAGGGAUCUGCAGCCCUGGAGCCAUCCCAGAGCGGCUCAUCCCGCCCAGAGCAGCGGUGGCAGCGCUGCCGGUGCCUCCACCACCAUCUUGGCAGCUCUGGGAGCUUCAAAGCACAUCCCUAGGCCAAAACACGUGGAAAACCUCAUUUUUUCUCCCUUUGGAUUCGCACAUCCAGGUGCGUGGUGGGAGCAGGACAACCCAGCCGUGGGGUCUCCGUCUGCCCCAAAUGUCCACCCCCACGUGCUGCUUUGGCUGCCUCAUCCCACCCCUCAUCCCAUCCCUUCCUAGCAGCCAGCUCCGACCUGCGGGCACCCCCAGGGAUGACGUGGGCAGCUCAGCCCCGGCUCAGCCGGUCUUUGGCAGGGACGGGCAGUGCCCGUCACAAAACCGAGCGGCUCCAGCUCCCGGGGCGCUUUCGGCGACAUCCUCCCCGGGGCUCGGAGACCUGGGAUAACAGAGCUUGCAAUGUUGUUUUCUCCUCGCCUCCUCGGGGAUUGGUUUAUCUCUAUGAAUAACUGCAUCCCGGCUUUGAUCUCCUCUGCCAUUAAAGCGUGACAGGCUGUGAAAUGUGCUGUUGCUGCCGUCAAAUCCCGCUCCCGCUUCCCCCCCGCCGCCUCCGUGCUCCCCCGCUCCGGGAAACCUCCUUUCCCAGGCCUUGAGGAGCCGCAGAGCAGCGAGCGGGGCCGAACCGCCCCGGGACAGCGGCCAACCACGGUGCUGGAGGCAGGAAAAACCCAUCUCCUCCUCCUCCUCGCAUCCCACAGCUCUCCCUGGGGCGGCGAGCAGGGCACGGAGCAUCCCCGGCCCCAGCGCCGGCUCGGGUGUGGCGGCAUCACCCCAGCACCCGCCACGGGGGCUGAUGUCACGGCUAAUUAUAGCAUCCCCCGUCCCUCACCCCCGCCAAAGCUUUACCUGAGAGAGGGUAAAAAUAACUCCCGGCGAGGGAGGAGCUGGAACGAGCCCAACGACUCCUCCAGCAUCUCCAAAACUCGCACAAAGCAGGGCGGCACCCCCCUGCCGCACUUUGUCCCCAAUCUGGGGGUCAGAACGCGCUCCCCUUGGCUGCUGCCGCCGUGCUCCAGGCUGCGGCUGUCCCCGGUCACCUUCACCCGGCUCGGGUGUCGGCGCUGGGACAGGUGGCGGUAACCGGAGCCGGGCCCUGCUGCUGCCAUCCAGCCCCGGCGCACCCCGCGAGCUGUUUAAGCCGAGCGAAGCAGGUUAAUGGCCCCAGUCGAUGAUGGAAUGUUUUCAUUACAGCAUCUUUCUCCCUCUCUCUCUCUCCCUGCUGCAAUCGCUCCCAAGUAGACACAUUAAACCUCCCCGCGCCGAGGGAGCGGACCCGCCCCUGGGGCUGCCUGCUGGCCCCGGGCAGCACGGCUCACCUGUCCGAGCCCUGUGGGGCUAAACACCCCCCUCAAACUGUAAUUCCUUAAUUCUGUUUCCCUUCUUCUCCCACCCCAACAGCCAAGGCACGGGAACCCAGUGCCAGAGCUGGGAGCAGCAGAAAUCCCAGCCCAGCCCCGGACAGCUCCCACCUGCUCCGAGCUGUCCUGAGCAUCCCGAGCUGUGUGGGAUCAGCCCAGUGUUCCCAUUCUGCGCCCACAGGGCUGGACCAGCCCAGCUCUUCCAAACCCCUGCCAGGAGCAGCCCUGAGGCUGUCACAGCCCUGCCCUGUGGCUGCAGCUCAUCCCCACCACAGACACAGGGCACCUAUGAUCUGCCCCCCAUGUCCUGGUGGCUCCCAGUCACCCAAUUCACCUUCCUGACUCUCUUUUGUAGGCAGAGUUUUCAUCUCACAUUCUCUGGGAUGCUCCCAAAAGGUGUAACCUUGAUCUUGGCCUGAUGAAAUUUCAUCCUGUGCCUCUGGCACUCGUCCCCAAGGUCAUCCACUCUUUCUCCCAGGUCUCCAAGUGGCAUCUGCCAGUGUCCCUCUUACACAAGGGCCCUAUUGAAGGGAAUACUGAGCCUGGGGAGCCCCAGGAUGGGACACCCCACUGUCACAUCAUGGAUCACUGCCCCUGGCAAGGAUCCCCAGUGCCUGUUCCACCGGCAUCACCUGCCCAGGAAUCUCUGAUAACUGUGCUGGUAUCAGAUCAGAUUUUUACAGAGUUCCUGACUGAUUUGUUCUCCCAGUUUGUGGUGUCCACGUGUGCCAGGAUGUGCUCAGGCACCAGGGACCAUGCAGGGUGCACAGGGAAGGAAUCAGAGCAGCUGAACUGAGGGCUUGGGGUGAGCUUCUCCCAGCCAGGCACCGGCCCAAAGCUCCCAUCCAGCCCCUGCACGUCCAAGUGCUGCCGGAUUUAGAUUCUCCCCCAGUGCCGGGAUGGGGCUGGAGAUUGCUCUGUGGUCUCUGGAUGCUUUUAUCAAGUGCUGAGUACAGGAAAACAGCAAACCACGAGAAGGGGCUGCGCUGCUGCAGAGAGGAGACGCCCGUGCUCCCACAGCUCCAUCCCAGCUUCCUGCACCAGAGCUGCUCCCUGGGGCCCUGAGCCCAGCUGGUUCAGCAGCACAAGGCCUGGAGCCGUUCCUUGAAGGAAGAGAGGGCUCCCUGUGCCCCACUGGAAUCCAAAACAUGAGGUGACGUGCCCAGCACUGACUGAGCUCUGCAGAAGGACUCAUUGCCUGGACAGCACCCAAAUCCUGCCGAGACCAGCCCUGCUCAGAGGAGGACAGACCUCACUCCACUGGGAAUGUUGGAUUUGCCGGAUUCUCACGUGCACACGCCGGUGCCCUGCGGCACAGGGGGAUGAGCCUGCAGGGAUGGGCACUGCCAGGGCAGGAGGAGCAUCGUGGGAGCCUGAGGACACCACAGCAUCCUUCCUCCCACCUGGACCACCACUGAACCAGGACAGUGUCACGGGCAUUUUGGGAGAACCUCUGGCUCCAGCUGGCCUGGGGAUGAGCGCAGAGAGCCUGGCAUACGGCGGCUCUGGAGGCAGCCGGGGACCCAGCAGGGAGGGCUGGGCCUGGCUGGAGCAGCCGCUGGGGCUGCCAGGGCCACACCACGCCAGGACGGAGGGCACGGCAUGGGGGCACAGCGCUGGGUACCUGCCCACACGGUGUGCCCCCAGCCUGGCAGCCCCUGGGGGCUCCCAAGGCGCCUCUGGAGGCGGUGAUGUCUCUGCUCUGUCCUGGCAGCCGGAGCCGGCCGGUCCCAGGGGGCCCGGGGAGCCCGCGGAACCGCCCCUCGCUCCUCCUCCCCUCCUGCUCCUGAUAUACCCUCCUGGCUCCGAGCAUCCCGAGCGUCCCUCUGCUCCUCUCCCUCACUCCCGCUCGCCUCACUCCUUUUCCCUUCUCCGUUUCUCUUCUCUGAACUUGCCCCUUCCCCCUCCCCUGAUCUCCCCAGCCCCUCUCUGCUGAGGAACUGACUGAAGACCCCCAGGCUGGGGCAGGGCACGGGCCAGGACCCCCACACCACAGCCAGGACCUCCGCACCACAGCUGGGACCCCCAGGCUGGGCAAUGCCUCUCCAGAUAUUCUGCACCAUCUCCUUCUCCAGGGAGGAAGCACCAGAAGAUGCUGCAGCCACUGAGAAGGAAGAAGAUGAAGCAGACGAGUUCCUAUAUGGGCAGGAGGAGGAUGAAGAGGACGAGGAGGACACAGGGACAACCACGGACUUCGUGGCCUUUGCCAGCAGCUGCACCCUGCACGGGCUGAGCCACAUCUUCGUGGAGGGCAGCCUGGGCGCCCGGCAGGCGCUGUGGGCGCUGGCCUUCCUCCUCUCCCUCUCCGUCUUCCUCUACCAGGUGGCCGACCGCAUCGCCUACUACCUGGAGUACCACCACGUCACGCUGCUCAGCGAGGAGGAGAGCCUCGAGAUGACCUUCCCCGCCGUCACCUUCUGCAACAUCAACCGCGUGCGGCUCUCGCAGCUCAGCCACGAGGACCUGCUCUACCUGGCCCCUCUGGUGGACUACGAGCCCGGCAUGGAGCUGGGCUUCACCCCGGCCCAGCCGGGCCCCUGGGAGGAGGAUGAGCCCCUAAAUUUGUACGGGUUUUUUAACCGCACUUGCCACCAGCUGGAGGACAUGCUGCUGAGCUGCAGCUACCGCGGCCAGCGCUGCGGCCCCGGGGACUUUGCGCCGGUCUUCACCCGCUAUGGGAAGUGCUACACCUUCAAUGCGGGGCAAGACGGGAAGCCCCGGCUCAUCACCAUGAAGGGGGGCACUGGAAAUGGCCUGGAGAUCAUGCUGGACAUCCAGCAGGACGAGUACCUGCCAGUGUGGGGGGAAACAGAUGAGACCUCGUUCGAAGCCGGGAUCAAGGUGCAGAUCCACAGCCAGGACGAGCCCCCUCUGAUCGACCAGCUGGGCUUCGGGGUGGCUCCCGGCUUCCAGACCUUUGUGUCCUGCCAGGAGCAGCGGCUCAUCUACCUGCCACCUCCCUGGGGCGACUGCAAGGCCGUGGCGGGCGACUCGGAGUUCUACGACACCUACAGCAUCACGGCGUGCCGCAUCGACUGCGAGACCCGCUACCUGGUGGAGAACUGCAACUGCCGCAUGGUGCACAUGCCAGGCGAUGCCCCUUACUGCACCCCGGAGCAGUACAAGGAGUGCGCGGAUCCGGCCUUAGAUUUCCUGGUGGAGAAGGACAACGAGUACUGCAUCUGUGAGAUGCCCUGCAACAUGACGCGCUACGGCAAGGAGCUCUCCAUGGUCAAGAUCCCCAGCAAGGCCUCGGCCAAGUACCUGGCCAAGAAGUAUAACAAGUCAGAGCAGUACAUCGGGGAGAACAUCCUGGUGCUGGAUAUCUUCUUUGAAGCCCUCAACUACGAGACGAUCGAGCAGAAGAAGGCGUACGAGGUGGCGGGUUUGCUGGGUGACAUUGGAGGGCAGAUGGGGCUGUUCAUUGGGGCCAGCAUCCUCACAGUGCUGGAGCUGUUUGACUACGCCUAUGAGGUGAUAAAGCACCGGCUGUGCCGGCGGGGCAAGUGCCGCAAGAACCACAAGAGGAACAACACAGACAAGGGCGUCGCGCUGAGCAUGGACGACGUGAAGCGCCACAAUCCCUGCGAAAGCAUACGGGGGCACCCAGCAGGCAUGACGUACGCAGCCAACAUCCUACCUCACCACCCGGCCCGGGGCACCUUUGAGGACUUCACCUGCUAACCGACGUCUGGAUGUACAACCUGAGCUACCAAAGCCCUGCGAGAGCUGCCCUUCUCCCCGCCAGCGCCAGCGGAGAGACACAUCUAGGGGCCCUUUGCUCCUCGGCACGGUGGGACACGGACAAGAGCGACGGCCUCGGAUUUCGGGGCGGGCAGUGGGGUCGGGCGACGCCAGACCCUGGCACAGCUGCUCUGCGCCUGCCCUGCUCCUUCAGAGACUCCAGGAUGCUCCAGCCCGGCCGUCCCGCGGGGCGGGAGCGACACGCACAGUGGGCCAGGGCACGGGCCUGCCCCGGCUCCCCCUUGGCUCCCCUCGGCCUUUUUAACUAAAACCCAGAAGCCAAGAAGAAGCAGCCGUUCGGCCGCAGUCUCCAUCCACAGCCCUGUCCGUCUGUCCUCCGUCGUCUCCAUGCUCAUCCUGCUCCAACGCCUUGGCCGCGCCUGCUGGGCUCCCUGUGCCUGCUGGGGGGCUCAUUGGGGAGCCCCUGGCGUGCCUGGCACAGGGCAGCAGCCCGGGAAUCCCUUGAGAGCCCCUCUGUCCCCCGGGACCUCAGCCCGGGCGUUCCUGGCACGAAGACGCGGCACCUCCACCUGUCCAGAACGUCUUCCUUGGCCCUGCCCUGGGAUCAGCCCUGGGAUCAGCCCCAGGAUCAGCCCUGGGAUCAGCCCCGGGAGGAGCCCCAGGAUCAGCCCCAGGAGCACCAAAGGGGGCUCAGCUGGGAGGUGCCACCUGGGCUCUGAGGACACCGGGCACUGUCCCUCCCUGCUCACCCCUCCUGGGCUCUGGGCAGCCUGGCCAGCUCCAGCACUCCCCCAUGGUCCCUCCCGUCCGCAGGGAACCCUGUGGCCCCAAACUCAGCCAUCCUCGGGGAGAAGGGCACAAGGAAACUCCUGGUGCCACUUGUCCCCAGCUGGGGACACCCCCUUGGCACCACCGUGGCUGGGCAGGCACCGGAGCCCCAACUCCCCAGGGUUCAGAGGGGGCUCUGGGGCUCCAGCCCCGCUGUGCCCCAAAAGCUGCUGCCCCGGGGUUUGGGGUGUCUGUGGGUUCCCAGAACCUCUGCUGCCCCUCCCUGGCACAGCCCUGCCCUGGCUGGGGUCUGUGGCCACCUGUCAGAGCCCACCAGUCCCUCUGGGGUCCCCAUCUGGCCCCCCAACCCAUCUCCCAGCCCCCAGGCCAGAGCCCUCCCUGGGCCCAAGUGCUACUUAUCUUUAAGAGCUUUUGCAAUAAGUCUUUUUAGUAAUUUUUUUUUCUAAACUGCAGUUUUGUUUUUUAUUCUUGUCAUUUUUAUUCUUAUUAUUUGCUUCCUGACCAAAAUUAGGAACUGGGGGUCAGUCCUUUGUAUCUAGCGAUCACCCAAAGACGACGGGUCGGCCACAUCCAUAAAUUUUCUUAUGGAUUUCUCCUAAUGUUUCAUCACGUUUCAUUUAUUUAUUUUCUUUCUUUCUCUUUCCCAUUCAAGCUUUUAAAGAUGGGGCUGGGAUUUGACCUUGAGGCUCACCUGUUGAAGAAAACGCUUUUUUGUUAUGUCAUCGGCAUUUUAUAUUUCUUAUAUAUAAUAUAUAUGACUAUAUAUAUAUGUGUACAUAUAUAUAUAUAUCUAUAUGCAUCAUGCCAGUGUAGAUACCCAUCCAGUAGCAUUUAGGCCUUGUUCUUGUGCCAUUUUUUUUUUUUCUGUUACUGAUCUCUGAAUGCCUUCAAGUGUAUAAAGUGUGGAAUUCUCUCCGGUAUCUGUACUAUGUACACACAUUUUCAUAGGAAGCACAAUAAGAUGACAGAUGCAUUGUACAUCAAUACCUGCUACUCUUAACAACGAUGAUAUAAAGAAUGAUAUAAAUGAUAUAACUCCCCCA